AAUAUAAAUGCGGCGGCAAGUCCCCGAGUUGUAUGCAAACACGCACGCCAGUCUCGGCAGCGUAUGCACACAGUACCUAUACACCUAUACUCCGUAUUAUAAUACUGGUGCAGCUUGUCGAAAAUCCGAACCAAUGACUUCUGAGUGGUCGGACCGAGGAUUAAACGAGCCUGUGAUUCGAAACGCUCUGAACUCGUGUACCUAUAUUAUAUAUACACACUUAUUAAGCGAUAUCCAGCUGUUUGGUGGUGAAAGUCUAAUUUCCCUGAGCCAGUUUACAUUAUAUUUGACUGUGAUCACUACGGAGAACAGCAUUUUCAAGGUGCCGCGGAGCAACUACACAGGGCACUUUACACGUGAAAGUAAAAGUGUAGGAAUUAGUCAAGGGUAUUGUGGGUCCUUAACUCAUCUAAAACUAUUCCAUUAAAAGCGUUCUAAAAACGAUCAAACGAGAACUUGCAAAUUCAUGGAAUUUCGUUUCUGGCAUACCCUCCAAAA